GCUUAUAUGUACUCGUAUAUCGAAAUAUCGAUAGCUCUCUAUAAUCUCUGAAAAAUUUAAUAAACAAACAACUUGUUUUCAGUCACCAGAUUAGUUAUUAUACCGCCAAAUCUAUUCUAGUUGAAGAUGAAGAGCGAAAUAAAAAAAAUAUUCCUGCAGACUUGUAUGAACCAUGGAAGCUUAAGUCUUGAGCAAAUCAAUGAAGUACUAGGACCAAUGUGGCAAACAUAUGGGGAAGCUGAUGUGAAAAAUCUGGUGAAAGAAAUUAAUGUUGAUUUAAAAGAAUUAAACCAAGAAUUAAAAUUCGUGAAGCAUCCAUUAGUGGAGCAGGAAUUCUUGGUUUAUGGUCUUACAUUUGAAACGACAGCAAGUAAGAUCCAACAUCACUAUCGAGAAGCGGAUCAGAUGUAUUUUGCAAAACUUGUUGAGCUGAUGGCUGUUCAAGAUGAUUAUGGGAUCUCAUGGUUGGAAAUGUACAAUCUUCCAAGUCUAACACAGACUGUAAAAAAGAAUUUACCAAAGAUGCACAUACAAGAUUUGAUAAAAAAAUGGAUAGACCAAGGAUAUUUCAUAGAAAAAGAUGAUAAAAUUUAUUUUGGUCCACGAAUGCUUGUAGAAUAUGCAAAUCAUUUAAAAACACAUUUUUCUGAAUAUAUCAAGGAUUGUUCCCUUUGCAAGAAUGUCGUUUUGUGGGAUAUAAAAUGUGUUCGGUGUGAAGUCAAAGUCCAUAAAGAAUGCAUUAGAACUUUUCUUAAACGAAAAUCUAAUUGUCCAUCAUGCGGAGAAUUGUGGACCACGGCGUUAAAUUAAAUUUCUUUCUUUCAUAUCAAAUAUCAAUAAAACUUAUUUAAGACGAUCA